GGGAUAAACCCCUUCUGUAUCCCAAACAACACCGUUCUUCUUACCUUUCUCGCUCAUACCACUCCCCUCCCCUGCAUCUGGAGAGAAAAUAUAAUCAAAUUCCACCCUCCAGCACCAGCACCUUUCUUUCUCUACCGUUCCGAUGGAGACAAUUUUACGGACCUCCUUUACAACCACACCUGUCACUCCAGAGUUCGAGAAAUUGAUUAGCAGUGGUGGGUUUGCUAUGAAUCGAAGUAGUUGUUUGGUUUUCGCAAAUGGGUACUCUUCUUUGUUGCCAUUUUCAUCUCAGAAGAGCUCUCUGAGGCUCAGAAGAUCAGUGGUUGUGGAGGCCAAGAACGACAAGAAGAAGAUUGACACUCAUAGCUUUGUAGUCAAACCUGAUGAAGCAACUGGUCCUUUUCCCGAAGCUGUGUUGCUUAGAGAGAAAAAACUUCAGGAAGAUGGUAGCCUUCUUCCCGAGUUUGCAGACUCAGAAGAAGAGAAAAUAUUUGAAUAUCUGAAUCUUAAGCUCGAGAGCCAUUCGAAUGUCAAACAAAUGCGCCACUAUGAAGUGGUUUAUUUAAUUCAUGAGAACCACAAGGAAGAGGUUGGAAGUGUGAAUUCAAAGGUUGAAGACUUUUUAAGGGAGAAGAAAGGCAAGGUAUGGAGAUUCAGUGAUUGGGGUCUCCGAAGACUGGCAUACAAGAUCCAGAAAGCAAAGAAUGCCCACUACAUUUUGAUGAACUUCGAGCUGGAAGCCAAAUGGAUUAACGAUUUUAAGAGCAUGUUAGACAAAGAUGAGAGAGUCAUUCGGCAUCUCGUGAUAAAGAGGGACGAGGCGAUCACUGAGGAUUGUCCUCCUCCUCUGGAGUUUCAUACAAUGCGUGGCAAUAUGGAUGAUGAUGAGGAUGGUAUAGAAGAUGGUGAUGCCUAUGAGGAUGAAGACGGUGACGAUUUGGACGAUGAGGGUGAAAUAGAUAUGGCCAGCUACGAUGAUGAUACUGAAGACAGUAUAAUUUAUGUGGAGGACGAUGCUGACGAGGUCGAUGCUGAUGGUGAUAUAAAAAAGAGAAAUAAUAGAAAACCUAAUGUAAGUAGCACUGGAAGAAGAGUGAAAGCCGAGAAAGUAGGUUCAGGUAGGUAGUUUCUCUGUUCUUACUUAGGUUCAGGUAGUUAGUUUCUCUGUUCUUACUUUUUUGUUGUAAUUUUUGUUGGGGGGACAUUCAGGCAGUUUAAUGAAGUAGGUCAUAUUAUAUAUGUGUUUUUUUUGUUAUUCAAGUAUGUUUUGAUGCCGUUGGCAAUAUCAAAAGGACAGCCCAUUGCGUGA